AUGCGUCAGAGGUACUACAUUGAAGUGCCAUCUCUCACGUGGGGCGAACUCACUAAUGUUAUGCACUGUCGCUCCUUUUCGCACAUGAUCGCACUUUCGGAUCAAUUUGUCGUGUUCCCAUCGGCGCCUCGUGAAGGUGUUGCUGAAGGUUUCUGA